UUACAACGUUUCUCACUUAAUUUCACUUUUUGUGCAAAAAUAUUUUUUAAAUUUAGAAAAUGGCUUAUCAAUUGACGUAUUUCGAUAUGAGAGGCAGAGCAGAAUCCAUCCGUAUCCUAUUCGCACUUGCCGACGUUUUUUAUGUCGAUAAUCGAGUGAGACACACAGACUUUGCUAAAUUGAAGCCAUCACUGCCAUUCGGCCAACUACCAACAUUAACAUUGGACAAUGGUGUGGUGCUAAGUCAGUCGUCUACCAUCGGAAGAUUUUUAGCAAAAAAGUUUGGUUUUCACGGAAAGGAUGAAAUUGAAUCGGCACAAAUCGAUGAAAUUUGUGACUGUAUUGUCGACCAUGAACUGGCAUAUUGGUCUUGUUUUGAUUCAAAAUUGGAAGCCGCCACACAGAAAACUCGACUCGAAAAUUAUAUGUCCGUAAUCACUCCCAAAUAUUUUUCAAAAUUCGAUCAAAAUCUUGAACGUAAAAAUGGACAAUACAUGGUUGGUGAAAGUGUAACGUUCGCUGAUGUUCGCCUAGUCAAUCACAUUGAAUUCUUUUCGGAAAUGACCGAGACGAAUUUGAUUGCAGACUUUCCAUAUCUUCAAGAAUUGGCUAGGAACAUCACGAAUAUACCAAGGAUCAAAAAAUGGAUGUCACAACGACCAGUUUCGAGUGUUCGGAAGGAAGAGGAGGAAUACGAUUCCUUUCAUCAUGUAUAAGCUGAAAUGUAUUCAAAAUGGAAAUAGAGCCAUUUGUGAUACGAUCCAACUGAAGUUUAAUAUAAAAAGUAUGAAAGAGUA